CUAACUCUGAACACUUCCAAAUGCCCAUCAGUUUUAGCAGGAUAAACGCUGUUAGCGACAUCUCUUUUGAGAGAGUUUAUUGAGACUACGAUGCCUACCAUCUUAGGAACAUGGAGAGGGGUUACGAAUCGAGGAGAGAAAACAAUCCGCCAAGUCGCGUCUUUCGGGCUCCAUGAAUGUGGACAAAGGACGCCCUUGAUGCAACAAUGACCUUUGUAACAAGAGGCCUUUGUGUAAACUUGGGUGAAAAGAGAUAUUUUCAUUCUGCAUCCACAUGUUCUUUGUGCUAACCUUGAUGCACUGCAUGAGAGGAGAGCGAAACAUCAACCCCAAAAACCGGCCGUCCCUUAUAAUGUGCAGCUCGGUCUUCUUCUUCACCUAAAUCAAAUAACCCAUCUGGUUCGAAUAUUGCAAGAAGCAACUAACAUCUGAAGUCAUGCCGUCCCAGCCCGCCGUACGUCGCUCGCAACGCAUAGCAGCGAAAACGCAAGGAACCCGCCUUGCAACGUCCCCGCCAUUCACCUCUGCAAAGGAGCUGCGGCUAGGACGAACCGCAACUAAAGCAAAGAUCGUAAAGCAAUCGCCAGCGAAGAACCAAAGAGCCGCUCUUCCAACGCCCCCGUCUUCUACCUCCCCUAAAGAGAAGCGUUCCGUAACUUCCCGAGGGACUGCCACUGCGCAGAACAAGGAGAAGUACAUUGCAACAUGGCUUACAGAUUAUUUUCACAGUGAAGCUUCCGAAUCGGAACUGGGAAGCGAUGAAGAAGAGGAAGAUGGCAGUGAGUGGGAUGACUUCGACGACCUUACCGCCGAAGAUAUCGACAUCGUGAAGGGAGAUCCGAGGAAGAUCUCUAUUGACAGCCGUCUUGAGCCAGGUAAUGAGGACUAUGAAUUUGACGAGUUUGUCGUUGAUGAUGACGAUCUGGAUGAAUCUGAUUCUCAGAGCGACGAGCAGAGCGACGAGCAGAGCGACGAGCAGAGCGAGAUCACGUUGAUCAAAAAGAGAACGUUGGUGAAGAAGCCGCUUAAACGUAUCCGCUCUGUCAGCUUGACUCCCAGCACCGUUCGAAACGAACUGAGUCCGAUCCAGUUCUCCCCACCUCCGCGAAAGCGCGCCAGGACAACUCACAAUCUCGACGCUGAUAAGCAUGCCUCUAAAUUUGCCAAAACCCCAGCAACAGUCAAGCUGGUUUCCUCCAAACAAAAGAAGGGGGUAAAAAGGGGCCCCUUCCUAGAAGAAUCUUCCUCCGAUGAAGGUAGUAGCAAUGCUUCGACUGCCUGCCAGACCGACUGGGUCCGACCCACCCUACAAGGACCUCUCUUCCGGACACUAGAACGAAAUCGCACCUCUUCCCAGUCUUCCCAGCCCAACUCCCUCUCUUCUCGCCUCUUCUACUCUGACUCCAACUCUCCCCGUCGCAAUACCUUACAAUCAUUUACCUCCCGCGCUUCUACUUCUUCUCGGCGAUCUUCGGUCGUGGUCGCUCCCUCCCAACAGUACCCCGGCGCAAACGAAGUCUUUGUCUCCGAAGACCCUGACGAGAUCGUUGAAUGCAUCAACGAUGGCAUUGCGCUGUUUUCUCGACGUUGUAAUGCGAAUAAGAGCCCGAUGGUGCUGGUGUUGUCGCCUGAGGUGAGUGAUGAUUAUGACGUUAAAGAGGCGUUGAGGAAUGCCAUUCGACUGCGUCUGGCAGAAAUGGUUGCGGGAGAUAACAAAGGGAUUGAGACUUGGAUUAUUGGACCUGCGAGGAGGAGCUUGUCUACAUAUGUUGAAUGAUCACAAAGUUGUGAUUUUGAUGGUUGUAUGGGCGAUAGGGGUAGGUAAAUAGAGCAG